ACGGACAUAGUGCAGCACAUGGGGAGCGCUUCGGGCAAGGCGUUCCUAUUGGCGGUCGAGAGGAGCGUUUUGCGAAGCAGCCGACUUCAGCCGAACGCCGUGGCAAGGGGCUUGGUCCAGAAAGUCGUCGAUAUGAACGCGCACGGCAUCGCGCUCUCGGACAGUCUUAUUUCGGAAGCCGACACCAGGGCCGUCGCUCAAGAUGCCAAGAUUCUCUCAGAGGAAAUUCAGCCGUAUCACGGUCUCAUCAGAUACGACACGUUCCUCGGAAACCGUUCUGCAUUGAGAACAUUGAUGCUAGACGUUAUAAGUAAGCCGUCGAUGACCUUCGUGUACCGAGUGUCGGGGAUCAGCCGUACAUUUACGCACCUGUACUUCGACAACUUCUACUCAACGAAACUGAACGAGAGGAACUUGCUUUGCGCACUGCCCCCAGCAUACAUCCAGUGUCUACAGUACUCAAUAAUGACAAGACAUUACGACACUGGAGACCACGUCUCAGAGGACGUCUUCUUCGAAGUGGAAUCUACUUUCACUGCUAAGGUGCGCUUGAUUCUGCAGCAGCUCACACGGGCCGGAACGUCACCUGUAGCAUUCAUUCUCGAACGUUACGACAAGGAAGCACAACAAGCGUUAACAUACUACAACCCGAAUCUAAGUGCUGACGUGGCAUGUGCUGCCACGCCAUUCGGCUUCACGUCUGGAGUGAAAGCCGAACUUGCGAACUUGUGAUACGGGCCCGGCGGGUCGCCAUCGCGUGGCUUGAAGAUAAUCUCGCUCGAGCGUUCGUUGUUCUUUGAUUUAUUUAUUUUAUAGUUGUUUUAUAUAUAAUAAAUGAGUACGGCGUCA